AUUCCACAUUAGGAGAAAAAAAAGAGUGCAGUUUUAAAUUCGGUCUCGCGGUACUUUUUACCUCAGGUUGAACAAGGGGGUAGGUACGCUAGCUACCUAGUGGUUUUGUCUAUGACAAAAGUAUAUCAGAUGAACGUUAGCUACCUAUAAACACUUAUUUUAACAAUAUAUAAAUACUUUUAAAAUAAUUGACAGUACUGUAAAGUUAGGUCGCUAGCUACUGGAAAUUAGCUAACGACAAACCAACAACGUUCACGAUGGCAGCUGGAAAGAUGUGUAGUAGGCCAAAAAAACAGGAGACAGCAGAGUGGACCAGUUUAUUUCAAAACGAACUGAAAACUGAAGAAAAGUCCCUGGUCUUUGUGAAGCGAAUGAUGGCCCUCGCCGUUUCUUCCAUCACAUAUCUCAGAGGAAUAUUCCCUGAGGACGCCUACAGAUCUCGAUAUCUAGAAGAUUUAUGCAUCAAAGUUUUACGAGAAGACUGCACAACACCUGGUGUCUGCAAAAUUGUAAAGUGGCUGAUGGGGUGCUUCGACGCAUUAGAGAGAGGAUAUCUUCAGGUUGUGUUCAUUGGGGUCUGCACCAAUCCAGAUAAUCCCAAUUGCAUCAUCGAGUCAUACCAGUUCAAGUUCACAUACACAGACAAAGGACCACAGAUGGACAUUCUGAGAAACCAGAAUGUGGAGAUGCAGAUCACGAUGGAGGAUACCAAGAAGGCCUCUGUCCUCUUGAUCAGGAAGCUGUUUCUCCUCAUGCAGAACUUGGACGUGCUCCCCAAUGAUGUCUGCCUCACCAUGAAGCUCUACUACUUUGACGACAUCACCCCUGCUGACUAUGAGCCUCCAGGUUUCAAGGAGGGGGUGAACGACAACCUGUGGUUCGAGGGCAUGGCGGUGCACUUCAGAGUGGGUGAGGUGCACACCCCUUUCCACGCCCUGAAGGUGAGGGUGGCGGCGGAGCAGGGCCGUGUGGAGAAGCUGCAAGAGGGGAACUACCUGAAGGAGAGUCAGGUCUCCACGGCUACGCAGAGGACUCUGCCAGGGCUGGCGCCAACCGGUGCACAGGAUCCUGACAAUGAGAGAUACAAAGAAGAUGACUUUCCUCUGAAGAUGUCUGCACAGUUCAAGAAACCCAAGAAACCUGUGGCAAAGAGUAAAGGUGCUGCCAAUAAACUGGCAAAGAAAAAAGGAAGAAAAGAGCAAUAAAAAUGUUUUGAUGAAGACAGCAAUGAAGACCCUGCUUUUUCAGCUUCCUGUCAGACACAGUAAACAUGAAUGUGGAUCGAGGAUGUAACUUCCUCAUUAGAUUACAAGGAUUUUACUCACCAAGCAUGUUUACAUGAAUGUUUAAUUUCUAUGCCUGUUUGAACAUUUUUAAAACCCGAGUAGUAAAGCCAGCCUUACGGUAUUUCUUUUGCAGUUCAUUGCCUGUACAACACAUAAUAUAUAGCUACAAUAUCUUAGACAUUUCUAAUAUAUUUUCCCAUUCAUAGGAAAAUCAAUUCCAUUUGUUUUAUUGUAGCUGUAUAGUUUUUUAUACUUUGUUCUUUAACUUUUAUUUUUUAUGAAAUAAAUCAAAAACUUAUGACAUGCUGGUUCCAUAUGUGAUGCCUGAAAUAUACAAUAUUGUAAGUAUGAUAUUUAUGGAAUUAAAGCUUUACUUCAAAAGCCCAUUUAUAAACUUGUCAUGCAUAUUAAUGAAGACAUGAAAAAGGGUGAAAUGAAAAUACAUGCACACAGCUUUGAAAUGGUAAACAUUGAUUUGGUGAUACAUACAAAGUACAAGUAAAAAUACGAUUGUACAAAGAAAUGAGGCAGCAGGUAGCCUAGCAGUUAAGAGGUUGGGACAGUAACCGAAAGGUUGCUGGGUCGAAUCCCUGAGCUGACUAGAUUUUCUUUUUUAACUGGCGAUGUGCACUUGAGCAAGGCACUUAACCCUAAUUGCUCCUGUAAGUCGCUCUGGAUAAGAGCGUCUAAGUGACCAAAAAGUUACAGAAAUGGAAAACGUCUGACAGGUGACUGCACCACAGUUACCCUGUUGUAACCUACAUCCAUUGGCAAACAGUGAAAGUGUGACAAAAACUGCAACAUGCUGUAUGAUGUCAAGUACUUUUUAAUGUUAGGCAUCCAUAGUUAUGAGAAUCAAUUUAAUAAAUAUUUUGUUACAAAAUAUCAAGGCACGGCUUUCGAUUUAUCCAUUUGGCUCAGAACGGAGAUCUUAUCACACUAUUUU